AUGCGUACCAUUGCGUCCUGGCUCAUUGCCAUGGCUAGUGUUGAUCGCUAUUUGAUCUCAUGUUGGAAUGCCAAUCGACGUCGAAUGAGCAACUUGAAGAAUGCUUAUUAUUGCAUUACUAUUAUCGUUAUCCUUUCCUUUUUAGUUUGGGCUGAAACUGCCUAUUGUUUCGACGCACCUCUUGUUGGUACACCACAAAAGUGUUAUGCUAAGUCUACUCCAUGCCGCAUCUUCAAUGAUCUUGCUCAAUCAUUCAUCACAACAAUAAUUCCAUCGUCGAUAAUGCUUGUUUUCGGCUUGUUUACAAUUCGCAAUGUUCUACAAUCUCAACAAGUUCAACCUGUAACAAUGGCUACACUAACUAAUACAACUGGAGGAAAUCGAAGAAAUGAACGAAGUCUGACUGUGAUGUUAAUUGCACAAGUCAUUCUUCUUACAAUCUUCUCACUUCCAUUAGCUGGCCAAAAGUUUUAUUUAACUUAUACAUUCUAUCAACCGAAGACACCGACUCAGAGAGCAAUUGGAAGCGGUGGUGUUGGUAAAUCAGCUUUAACACUUCAAUAUAUGUAUGAUGAAUUUGUUGGUGAUUAUGAACCACCUUUUGAUGGUUCAUAUCGAAAAGCAGUUAUGCUUGAUGGCGAAGAAGUUCAAAUUGAUAUAUUAGAUACAGCUGCUAUUCGUGACACUUAUAUACGUACUGACGAAGGUUUUCUUCUUGUUUUUGAUGUAACUGAUGCUGAAUCAUUUUCUGAUUUAAAUGAACUCCAUGGUGAAACAAAUAUUCCAGCAAUAUUAGUUGGAAAUAACAUUGAUUUAGCUAAUAAACGUACAGUUUCAUUUGAAGAAGCUGAACAGCAAGCACAUAGUUGGUCAAUACGAUAUAUCGAGACAUCAGCAAAAACAACAGAUAAUGUUGAUAAAGUGUUUUGUGAAUUAAUGAGAAUUAUACGACCAUUGAAAAAUCUAACCACAGAUACAUAUACUAAUCCAAUUAAUCAAAAUAAAGAUGAAGAAAGAGAUACACAAUGUUGCCUUAUUUUGUAG